CGAUUAACUUCGCAUUAACCAGCUGGGGGUGUCCGGCCGAGUCUAUAUUCGAUUGUCGAUCACUGUCAGGUGUUCACAGCAAGAAACCAAGAUCCUCUUGUUACCUAUAUCCGCUUUGUCACGCGAAUCGUGACCAAGGAGUAGCAUUGACCGGAAGGCAGACAAAAGACGUAAAAGAUAACUAUCUUAUCCAGUAAUAGCCAGCCCGUGAAUAAGUGAGGGUGCUAUUUAUUCAAGCACAUUCAAGUUGCGAAAGGACAUCACGAAAAUACUGGAAUAACAACCCCGCCGCAAAUGCAAUGGAGAAGUGUUCCUAUCAUCCGACCGCAGCUUACGAGCGACCACCGCUCAAGAGUCCGAUGGUGAAGAGAAGAAAGAACGGAACAACGUCCAGUGUUAAAAAUGUUCAGAUAGCAGUUCUUGGAAAGGACGGCGUAGGAAAAUCAGCAUUCACAGUAAGAGCUCUAACUAGACGUUUCAUUGGGGAAUACGACAAAACAUUAGAAUCUACAUAUCGUCAUCAUGUAGAGCUAGACGGUCAGUUUUUGUCUUUGGACGUCUUGGACACAGCAGGAAAGAACUCUUUAGAAAAGAUCGACAACUGCGUCCACACAGGAUCAGAUUUAUUUUUCGUCCUCUAUUCCACGAUCGACCGAUCCUCGUUCGAGGAAGCCUCCCUGCUCUGUCAAUACCUCCUGAAAACCAAAAACGUGAAUCCGGCAUGCCUUAUUCUUGUCGGCAACAAAAGCGACCUAAAGCACUUCCGAGAAGUAGACGAAUAUGAAGGACGUCUGUUGGCCCAAGCCCUGGAGUGCGGUUUCUACCAGUUGUCUGUGUCGGAAGGAUUCGAUGACUCUCAAAAUGUCCUUUACAGUACCCUCAGGCAAUACGUGAAUACACAGAAACACGGAUCACCUUCCAUUAGGCUGUUUUUUGACAAUGUAUUGAGUCGAAAGAAGUCGGUGGCUUAGUCUGUAUUUAGUCAUGCACAAACUUAUUGUAGCAGUUUUUUUGGGGGAUGGGGAAGGCAAGCUGGGGGGGAGGGGAGGGGAGGGAGGAAAAAUUUCCCACGGUUAUAAGAAAAGAUGAUAGAAAAGAGAAGGGAUACAAGAGUAACAGUGGAGUAUACAGUUCCACUUCCAAUCGUAACGGAAUACCAGACACACAUUCUUUAUUUAUGAGUCCCGUGACCUCGACAACAAACGGAGGGCAAGUAAAGAUAAUUAAAACCCAAGAGGCGACUUGUACAUGUAAUAGUGAGCCACAUCGUUAAAUAAUGAAUUUCGUAACUGAUAACUAAGUUCUGGCCGUUCCAUUUCGUUGCAGCAUAGGUCAACAAAAUUAAUACUCGCACCUACCCCCACGUGGCCUUUCCUUGUUCCGUAAUGAUUCUUAGAUAGAAGAACGUCCCUCCCCUCCCUUAAAAAAAGAAAAGCGUUUAGAAAGGGAAUAGUGCAAAACCCUCAAACUGAGCUAAGUUCUUCUGUACUUGUACAUAUUUACAGCAGCAUGCAUAAUCCAUUGUAUUUAUUAAUUCUAAAAAGAAAGUGUAAAUUCCACAAGGCUCAGAAUUUAUUUUGUAUCGACGUAACAGGUAUGGUAAAAUAAAUUACAUUUCCCAGUGA